AUGGCUGCAAAACCGUUCCUUCUCGCGCCUAUACGCGCAUCCGGACAAUAUGGUCCCCGCCUAUUCAAUGGCAUCAAAUCCAUCCCCACUGCCCAUGGCUCUGCCGCGCGGACAGUCUGGCAGGGGGUUCGGCCAAGGGAGCCCUGCUACUCUUCGAUAUUUACGUCGGCGAGGCACUCGCGCUCCCUACAAUACCGACCAACGGCAAUGAAAUCAUUGACCUGUACCGGGGCAUCCCAAUGGGCACAAGCAUUUCAUCAGCAGAAGACGCUGUUGGAGGGGAAGAAAGAAUCGGGUCAACUGACGUCUGAUGGCUCUAAGUCCGACUCCAAGAAGUCGCCAAUUCUCUCCCGGAUACCUCGUCCCACCACUCAUGAGAACAUUUACACCGUGCCCAACAUUCUCACCUUCUCUCGCUUGGUCGCUGCACCUCUAGUAGGUUACUUCCUGGUGCACGACCACCAUGCAGCAGCGCUGGGACUCUUUGCGUAUGCUGGUAUCACGGACCUGGUUGAUGGUUAUAUUGCACGACGCUAUAACCUCCAAACGGUAGUUGGCACGAUCAUCGAUCCGAUGGCCGACAAGCUACUGAUGACCAUCGGUGUUGCUUGUUUGGCGGUCAAUGGAUCCAUCCCCGUUUGGCUUGCUGUCAUCAUCCUUGGCCGAGAUAUUGGUCUUGCCAUAUCCGCUAUCUAUUAUCGCUGGAUCUCUCUCCCGCCGCCCAAGACUAUGGCCCGCUACUGGGAUUUCUCUCUGCCAUCUGCAGAAGUGAAGCCUACGGCAGUCUCAAAGGUCAACACAGCUCUGCAGCUUCUGCUCGUUGGAAGUGCCAUCGCCAUGCCUGUGGUUCCCGAGGCUUUCCUUGAUGCAUGGCACCUGAAGGAGGCAAUGACCGCAUUCCAGUACCUCGUCGCAGGAACCACCCUCUGGUCCGGCCUGAGCUACGUCUUCUCCAGGAACGCGGUGAAAAUCCUCACGAAGGAGGAAAUUCAGAAGCGCAUUGCCAGGGCCAGCGCAAACAAAAAGUCUUCGUAG